UCUAUUAAAAUUAAUUUGACUUUGUUGCCAAAUAUUCAAUUGCUUUCAUUCCUCUGUCAGAUUAAUUAUGGUGAAGAUAAAUAUUAAAUAUAUACCACAUUGAGUCGUCAUUACAAAGUUGUCUAAUGCUUAACAAUUCGCCACAGUCAGGGACAAUAUAAUAACAUCAAUUUUACCAAGAAACAGAGUGGAACUGUGAGAACAUAUAUCAUGUACCUGGAUUCACUCAUUUCUUUUUUUCUGAGAUUUGUAGGGACUAUAAUUAAAAGAGGUCAAAGAGGUGGACGUCAUGGCGUCAUGGGCAUUGGUGAAAAGGAAGGAAAGAAUACUCCAAUUGUUGUAAAUGGUAAUAAAUUGGCUGACUGUCCAUAUGAUGAAAAAAAAAUAUUAUGGUUACCAGUUAAAUGACAGAAAAUUAGGGUCUAUACUUUACCUAAGCGGGAAAGAUUCUUUUGGCGUAUCAUAUUAUUUAGUAAAUCCUCCGUGUGAACAGAGAUGGAAAUUUCAAAGUCCAAACAUCAGAUCAUUACAACAACUCCAAGCAUUUCAAAUGACGUUCAAACACUUCUAUUUGCCCAGCUCACAUAAUACAUUCGUACCAAACUUUUUUAUACCACAACGAAACCUCAUAACCGUCAUUCUCUCCGCCCAAAAUAAUUACAGUCACAAACAGACAAACAAAACUGGAACUUUCUUGUAAGAGAUUGCAGAAUCACCACACUUUUUUUCCACUCCCAGAGAUAGCGUCAAAGAAAUCGGUUCGUUUCAACUUCUUAUUUUUUUAAAGUUAAGCUAUAAAAGCAUUCGAGUCUCCCUUUCUGUCUUAUUGCGCGAAUUGCGAUCACCGAAAAUGUAUCGAGAAGUGACGGUUUUUGUGGCACUAUGUGGUGUUGCCUUUGCUUCGUUUUUGGACGGUGAUAUAGACUUGCUUGAGGGAGUGAAGUUGAUAAGGAUCCCAGUGUCUAAUUCGUUGGAGGAUGAAGGCAGGUCUUUCGGGGAGAAUUCCCCUCUGUUCCGGAUGGCGAAGUUCCUCCAAGGUCACGAGCUACACGUGAAGCUGCCGACGUUGAUCGAGAAGGAUCGUGUGACGCAGUUCGUUGCGGAUACAUUGAAGGUCGUCGAUAAUAGUUAUAAAGAAAAUGCUGUGUCCGGCAGAGGCAAAGGCAAAGGCGGUGAAGGAAUUGCACUUAUUGGAAUGAUGUUUGCUAAGGCCCUCGGAGCCAUUGGUAUUGGAGGUUUGGGUCUUCUGACUAUGAAGGCUUUAGCCGCUUCAGCAUUAGCCUUAAUGCUGGCAGCUAUCGUCGGAGUCAAGAAACUGACCUCCCACGAAGGAGGGGAAGACCAUCAGGUCAUAUACGCAGGACACCAUGGCCAUCACAGAAGAAGAAGAGAAGUGACCCCCUUGCCUUACAGAGGAUGGAAAGAGUACCAGACCAGCUCUUAAUUUAUUACAUAAUUUAUUUAUUGUAAAUUAAUUAUUUAUUAAUUAAAUUAUUUUCUUUUUUAAA